AUGACGCGUUCGUUAUUCCUUCGAAUCCACGACGCAGUCGUUGAACAUGACAAGUACUUCGUCCAAAAGAAGAAUGAUGCUGGACAGUUAGGACUAUCUAGUCUUCAAAAGAUUACUGCAGCUAUGCGGAUGGUCGCAUAUGGAGCAUCCGCUGACUCCGUUGACGACUAUGUUCGGAUCGGUAAAAGUACGUCGUUUGAGAGCGUGAAGAGGUUCGUUCGAUCGAUUAUCAACAUCUUUGGAGAGGAAUACCUUCGUGCACCGACUAAUGAAGACGUUGCACGCCUUCUCGAGGAAGGCUCACAACGAGGUUUUCCUGGUAUACUUGGGAGCAUCGACUGCAUGCACUGGACAUGGAAGAACUGUCCAACUGCCUGGCAAGGCCUUACUAACACAUCAUCCGAGUCAGUGUUCAACUCGAUAGGGAUCGCUGGCAUGGAAUUGUUUGGUGAGGAAUCAGAGUUUGUGGUUCUUCUCGGCUGCGAUUGA